AACAACUCGAAUUUGUACUACUCAGUAUCACAGUCAGAAGCCCUCCUUUAGUUCCCGCGGCUCCCAUAGUCAAGCACUCGGCGGGUAGUACUUGCAGAUUUUGUUAGUCUGCGACUGAAAUUACAAAGCACAAAAGACAUGAUAGAUGUCGCCGAAGCAACAAUGAUGGCGAAGAAGGAGAAACGCAUUUUUUGUGUGAGGUGGUAUGAACUGCUGAGGCUGAGACUCAAACAAAAGCGCGCACCCGGGUCCUGUUGUCGGGUGCCUGUGUUAUGCUUCCUCUCCUCUGCUAUUCAGUACUUCGAGCUUGAGGGCUCCCCUCAGCGCUCAGCCAUGGCGACGGUUUUACAAAAUGUUGGUAACUUAUCUAUUCAAUCGCUUAGAGCUUGCAAGUUUACCCUGUAUCCACUUGGACAUGUGGCAGCUUUCAAUUUCUUUGACAAUGGGCGGUUCACGCUUUUCCAUGGCAUCAAGUUUGUGCUGAUAUAUUUUCAUGUCUUCUAUAUCAAGUAUAAGAGAACCCACUGGACCGUCUCGUCGAGCUCCAACUUGAAGGACAAACUUGACCGUUAA